UCAGUCCAAGUUUUCUCUACCCCAAAAAACACAACAAGGGUCUGCCGGAGGUUUAUGUUCUCAGAAACCAGCGGGGGAAAUGGGGCCUGUGGACCCUACAAUAUGAAAACCCGCCAGAACAAAGACUCGAUGUCCAUGAGGAGCGGAAGGAGAAAGGAGAGCGUGGGGCCCAGGGAGGAACGUAGGGCACGGGGACGGGCAUCUCCUGGAGCAAUCAGCACGUCCAGUAGUGACAGCAAGAGCGAGAAAGCAAGACCAAGCGGAAAGAAGGGACGCAUGGACGAUUCUAUUUCGAAGAGUGUUAAACGGGAGAGAGUAAAGGACUCUUCUGAGAGCGAGAGUGAAGCAGGGAAGACCCAGAAAAAAGUAAAGAUGGAGUCUCCUGAGGUCACACGGCCACCACCAGAUGAAGAAAGUCUGGAUGGUCAAAGCGGUAAUGAGGAUGGAGGAAGCGAUCCACGUGAUAUUGACCAGGACAACCGCAGCACAUCCCCGAGCCUGCACAGCGGAGACAGCGAGAGCGAUGCCUCCUCUGUCCCAUCUCCCAAAUCCUUCCCAUCUCUUUACAGGGGGCCCAGCUCACCCCAGCCCCCAUCCUCGCCGGUUCCUGAUACCCCUAUCCUGCCAGCACCCUCUCAAGCUCCACAGCCUACUUCUCAAGCUGAGCCCCCAACUGCCCGAGGGUAUCAAACCUCACACCUUCCACAACUCUACCCCAGCCCUGGUGGGAUAGUAAAAGCAGUACCUACACAGCCUGCACAGCCCAAGCCUCCACCUACCACUCCCAUAGCAGGUCUGGGUUCGCCCAGGCCACUGGGCUCCCCCACAGCCCCUGCCAGUGUACCUACUUGCUCUUCCUCCACCACAACAUACCCUCAUGUGUCCCACAACCUUCCUCCUCCACCUGCCCUGCGGCCUCUUAAUGCAUCCCCUGGAAUUCCACAACAGGUGGGAGAGAAGGCUGGGCAGCCAAUACCCCCUGCCCCUUGUACCCUCAGGUAUCCACCUUACCCAGGGCAGUACCCAUCUGGUUACCCUCAUCCAUAUCCACCACAGGGCAAGUAUGGACAGCAGCAACCUGGCUCACACCCAUCAUGGGGUCAGGGUGGGCUAAACUACGGUCGAAAUGCUGGGGGUCCCCAGUAUCCUCAACCCCCUCCCCAAAAUGGACAAGUGGGUGGGGGUCAACAUCUUGCCAGCGGAUUUACAGCAUCCCACCACGGUGGCAACCGGACCCAAUCCCCCAUCAAUAACCACCCCCUACACCCUAUCCCUACAGCUGGGCACUUACAGUCUCCAGGGUCCCAGAGUAGUGUCCUGCACUCUCAUGGAGGGGCAUCUGCGGGCAGGGGGCAGUCUCCUAGCCAUCCUACAAAUAAUCCACAUCACCCCCACAUUCUGCCAAACAGAGGGCGCUCCCCUACUCCACAGAGCAAUUUGCCUCCUGGAGGCCCACCACAAACAGGACACCACCAACCUCAAAUUCUACCAGGUGGAGUCCUUUCCCCAAAUCCACCUCCUCAGAACAACACUCAGCAGAUGGCUCCAGGGGGAGCAAAUGGAAGUGGGCAGUCGCCAGCGCCCUCUAAUAGCUCCCACAUUUUGCCCCAAUCGUCCUCUUCAGGGGGAAAUGUAGCAUUCCCUUCCCAGACAGAGACCCAGAAUCAACAGCCCACACACCCUAUUUAUCAGCCACAUUCUUCUCCUUCAGUGUGUCAUUACCCCAACAGCUCUCAAGCCUACACAAACUACCCCUUUCAAGGCUAUAAGGGGGCACCACCACCACCCGCUUCUGCUUAUAAAAGUGGACCCCCACCCCCUUAUAAGGCAGGAUCUUUUCCGACAUCCACGCCACCUCCUCUUCCUGCCCAGGGAUAUAAAGAGACUUCUCCUCCAGCCCCUCCUGCCCCUGCCGCACCAGUUGCACCGGCCCCUACAGCCCCUGUGCAGAUAAAGCAGGAGCCUCCAGAAGAAUGUGAUCCAGAAGGUGAAAGCCCUGUCCCACCUGCCAGCAGCCCCUCACCUCCACCCAAGCUUGUGGACACACCAAGUCACGCCAGCCAGUCUGCAAGAUUCAACAAACACCUAGACCGUGGGUAUAACUCCUGCUGCCGAACUGACCUGUAUUUCGUGCCCUUGGAAGGGUCCAAGCUCUCCAAGAAACGCACAGAACAGAUAGAGAGGGCAAGACGAGAGAGCGAACAGAGAGCACGCGAGGAACGGGACAGAGAGCGGGAGAGGGAGCGUGAACUGGAACGAAACGCGAAGCUUGAGUCCCGUUCUCAUGACUGCCCUCAGCUCUGUCCGCAGCAGCCUCCUCACCAUCCAACUUUAGCUUUACCAACCCCAUCCACGGCUCCCUCUCGCCCACCUCACUUUGAACCUCCAGGGGCGGUGGCUGCUGUUCCACCCUAUUUGGGACCUGACACUCCUGCUCUCCGCACCCUGAGCGAGUAUGCGCGCCCCCAUGUGCUGUCUCCUGCAGGACGAGCUCCGCAACCUGGCCACCCCCCACAUCACCCUUUCUAUCUACCCCUGGGAGACCCACUUUUAGCCUAUAAUCUUCCUGCCGUGUUUGCCGGUGACCCAUCCCGGGCUGAGCGUGAGCUAAGAGAGAGACUUAAGCCUGGGUAUGAAGUGAAACCAGGAGAAAUGGACCCUCUUCACCCAUCCUCCCUUCCUCUCCCACCUCCGCCACCACAUCAUCCGCCCCCGCCACAACCUCCUCCCUCGGCUGCAGGUGUCCCUCCUCAGAUGGGAUUGCAUCCUGCCUUCCAAUAUCAUCACGGGCAGCAUACACAUGCACAUGCCCUGGAAAGAGAGAGAUUGACUCUUGGAGGUGCUGCUGGUGGACCCGGCGGGGCUCCUGGAGGAGCUGGAACUGCUGGUGGGAGCCGUGGCGAACUGUCCUACGCAGAACGCCUGGCUGCAGAACGUCAACAUGCGGAGAGAGUGGCGGCUCUGAGUGGGGAUCCUUUGACUAGACUCCAGAUGUUGAACGUGACUCCGCAUCAUCACCAGCACUCACAUAUCCACUCGCACCUACAUUUACACCAACAGGACGCGAUCCACGCAGCCUCUGCUGGUGUGCACCCCCUUAUGGAUCCACUGACAUCGGGGUCCCAUCUUACGCGGAUCCCGUACCCUGCAGCUGCUCUACCAAAUCCUCUGAUCCCUCACCCCCUACAUGACAGUGACGUGCUAAGGCAACAGAUAUUUGCCUCCCCAUACAGAGAUCUCCCAAGCUCACUGUCAGCCCCCCUAUCUGCUGCUCACCAGCUACAAGCCAUGCAUGCGCAGUCGGCUGAACUACAACGUCUGGCCCUGGAGCAACAGCACUGGCUUCAGACUCACCAUCCUCUUCAAGGUGUUCCGCUACCUGGACAGGAAGACUUCUACAGGUCAGGGUACCCCCGCGGCCCACAUCAUUUGAAGAAGGAAACCGAUAAAACUCUGUAAUUUUUGGAGAUUAAAGCCCAGUGGUCAGGGGGUCUUCUCAUUUAUCGUAGGUAUCUGAGAGAACGAGAGAGAAACGUUCUUUCAUGGAGCAAGGAGACAUUCAAAGACAGAGUGACACCCUGGGAUAAAGAAUAAAAAAGUGACAGACACCUUGGAAUGGAGACAAUCCCUGGGACUAACUACUUGGGCAACAUCCCCCAAAAGAGAUAUUCUAAUGGAGAUGUCUUGUGACAGCCUGUGGGAGACACCAAGUGGGAAAGAGACAUUCAAUCAAAGCGUCCUUGGAACAAAGAUACCCUGCUAUAAACACUCUCUGAUAAAGAGACACACUGAGACGUUGUAAUUGAUAUAUUCACUGUGACAGUGAGACAGCUUUUAACUGAUAGACAUUCCGUGACACAGCAAAACACUUUAAAAAAGGCAGAC